ACUGUUUGUUGGCCGGUGCUGUGACACCGAAGGCAUCUGCACAUUCCCUCACACAGGGACACACAGGCCUCAACGAAGCGAGCUGUCCCAUGUGUUUGUAGGUAUCCUGGUAUUGAACUUGCAACAUCUGCUGCCGCGAGGAUCGUCAACACCCACUGUCGUCUGUCAGCUCGGCCGCCAUAUUGGCUGAGGAAGGAUCACAAACGCCCUCUGCACAUAGACCGUUUCGUUCAUGGCCUAGCUGAUGGUGUUUUCCCGGAAUACAUAUUUUGGUGCAUGAGAAUGACGGAUCUGCUGAAUCCAUUGUUUGUUGGAGCCCCAUGUUCCCGAAUUCCGGAUAGAGCAGGACAAGUGAAGAGCUAGAUGGGCUGAGGAAGCACCAGAACAUGUCAGCAACCGAGGCUCCAGUUAUAUACCACCUGGAACCUUGGGACAAGCUCGUCAUAAUAGCAGCAGCACUAACAGCACUCUUCACUAUCGGCAUCCUCGUCUUCUGUGCCAUCAGCCCCCUCUGUUGUCUCUUCCAUAUCUGUCCCUGCAAAGAAAAGGAUGAAAGAGAGAAAAAGGGCAAGGACAAAGUGCCAGCCUAUGGCUCAACGACAGGAUCGCACGCGACUCCAUACUAUAAACCCGAACAAAACAGUCCCUGGCAGCCUCUACAAUCAUUUAAAGACACGGACACUUCCGAUUGGUCAGAUUACAGUUCCCAUGACGUCAUUGAGAUGAAACAGGAUCGUCACCAAAAAGAACACGUCUUCAAACCUAUUCGCAGUGAGCCCCAGUCCCCUUCUUCGCCAACUAUAUUUCUUUUUCAAAAAGCUUCGCUUGUCUUUGGUCUAAUGUAUGACAGAGUCGACGGCAGGCUUACAAUGCGAGUCCAGAAGCUGAGCAACUUCUCAAUCACCGAUCCCGACGGCGCCAUGACACCUUAUGUCAAAGUGAGGCUGUACCGGGCUCCACGCAGCUUCUUUACCUUCAGGGGCAAGGCGAGUAGGGAGCACGAAAUGAACAACCUCGAUGUGGAGUUCCAGACAAAGAUACUGCGCAGGUCCACAGACCCCGCUUUCAACGAGAUAUUUAUGGUGCCAAUUGAUGCAAACGAGAUCCACCACUACACACUGAAAAUGCUGGUGUGCGACUUUGACCGCUACACAAGGCAUAUUGUAGUCGGCGAGGUCGUGGUGCCGUUGUCACGGGUGGAGUGGACCACGCAGACGGAGGUGGUGUUUGACGAGCCACUGCAGCCCCCGGUUGAUGAAAACCUCGGCGAGGUACAAAUUGGGCUGAUGUACUUGCCUACAGCAGAGAAAUUGAGUCUCACUAUCAUCAAGGCACAGGGGUUGAAGAUCAUGGACCAGGCGAAGGCUUCUACCAAUGCCUUCAUGAAAGUGAACCUUAUGUUUGAUGGUCGUCCUAUGAAGAAAACGAAGACGUCGGUACGUCUUAGUGACGUCAGCCCGGUGUUUAACGAGACCAUGACGUUUGACGUACCUCAUUAUCAGCUUGACAAAGUUUACUUCAGCAUUGCCGUCAUCCAUAUUGAUAAGGAUGCGGAGAAACCGACACGGGCUCUGGUUGGUCGACUAUACUUGGGCAUGAACUUUGACUCCGAUGCGCGUGCACAGUGGAACGAAAUGAUUCAAAAUUCCAGGAAGCAAGUUGCAUGCUGGCAUAAACUACAGAUUUGAUCUUCACUUGAAGGGACUCUCCGCGUGAACCAGGUUCUGUGAACACUGCAGUAUCGGGCGGCUUUAUUGAUAGCUCAACCUGUUCAUAUACAAUCAAUGUUUUAUUGAUGGUUCAGACUGCUAGUCAAUGUUUUAUUAAUGGUUCAGACUGAUAGUCAAUGUUUCAUUGAUUGUUCAGACUGCUAGUCAAUGUUUUAUUAAUGGUUUAGACUGCUAGUCAAUGUUUAUUGAUGGAUCAGACUGCUAGUCAAUGUUUCAUUGAUGGAUCAGACUGCUAGUCAAUGUUUUAUGAAUGGUUCAGAAUGCUAGUCAAUGUUUUAUUGAUGGUUCAGACUGCUUGUCAAUGUUUCAUUGAUGUUCAGACUGCUGGUCAAUGUUUCAUUAAUGGUUUAGACUGCUAGUCAAUGUUUCAUUGAUGGAUCAGACUGCUAGUCAACGUUUCAUUGAUGGUUUAGACUGCUAGUCAAUGUUUCAUUGAUGGUUCAGACUGCUAGUCAAUGUUUCAUUGAUUUUUCAGACUGCUGGUCAAUGUUUUAUUGAUGGUUCGGACUGCUUGUCAAUGUUUCAUUGAUGUUCAGACUGCUCGCCAAUGUUUUAUUAAUGGUUUAGACUGCUAGUCAAUGUUCUAUUGAUGGUUCAGACUGCUAGUCAAUGUUUCAUUGAUGUUCAGACUGCUGGUCAAUGUUUCAUUAAUGUUCAGACUGCUGGUCGAUGUUUUAUUGAUGGUUCAGACUGCUAGUCAAUGUUUCAUUGAUUUUCAGACGUCAGUCACUUUUAAUGUUGUUGUUGUUGUUGGUACUGUUACAAUGGGUAGUAGGCAAACCCUGGACACAUAUAGUUAUCCCGUUACUCGAGCCAGUUAUAUACGGUACGUCGCCUGACAGACUUAUUUGUUGUUGUUAAAAAUACUUUAGCUUUAAAACGAAUCCCGUAGUUAAAGAUUGGCUUCUCACAGAAAGGCAUGUUUGAAUGUGCACAUGAUGUGUCUAGGGCAAAGGAUAGCUUGAUAACAAUCAUCGACAUUAUAAAUCUGCAUGUGCGAGAAGAGAAAAACGUUCGUUAAAGGGGCUCCAGGCUUAAGUCAUCGACAGUCCCAGCAAAUUUGAUACAAGCGCCAUAAACAACGAUUUCUUUGUCUGAUUGUUCAAAUUUUAAUAUCGAUUAUGUAUGAUAUGUUUCCGCAGAGACGAUGUGUAAGUUCACACGUGGUAAUAAUGAAAGUAUCUAGAACUAGUCAGACAAUGGGCCCAGGGACGUGGUGUAAAGACCAAUCACAGAAGGUGUGUACGUGUCACCCCAAGGCCAUUAUUAGCAACUAACCAACGUUUCGGGCAAACCAUCUUUUAUAGUGGUCCCAGUCACCGUGUCGGGCUUCACAAGGGAAGAAAACAAAACUGUUGUAGAAAAACGUUGUAAUAAUGUCGUUUCAAAAUGUUCGUCAGUGUAAGAAUUUCAAACGUUUAUCACGACUGAAAUUCUGCCCAUACACAAGAAAUAACCUCCGGGCCUAGGGAACAGACAUAUUAUAUACGGUGGAAAUGAGCAGAUUAUUUUUCGGUCAUUAUAAUACACUGUCACUGUAUAUUGUAAAAUAUGAGACCAAAUUAUUUUUCCGGUUCUUAUUUUCUGAAAUAUUUUUGUUCCAAAGUACGCCUCCUCUUCACCCACACGCCCUUGUCAGAACAUAAAAUGGCCGGCCCAAAAUGUAUGGAGAGAGCCCCUUAAACCCCGCGGGCGAGGCUAUCAUUGAGAUGCUAGUUUACUGAAAAUGUUGGUUUUGUUUAAUUGUGCCAUGUGUUGUGAUGCUUGAAUGACGUAUUCGCCCAGACUACCAUGCCUCCAUACCCGAGUACCGGGAAUUACCAUACCUCCAUACCCGAGUACCGGGAAUUACCAUACCUCCAUACCCGAGUACCGGGAAUAUUGUGGACAUGUACAUCAAGCUUGCGCAAGAAAUUGGGAAAUCAAUGUUCUUUUAGAAUUCUUUUGAAGAAGAGUCUGAAAUUGUCCAUUUUUCAAAAUAUUAUUCCGAACACCGGGAUUAUAUGCUUCUAAAUACUGUCUUUCAAGACUAUAUUUACAUUCAUUAAUGUCUGCAUUUACUUCAGUGCGGUUUAAUAUUCAGAUACAAGACUAUACAACGUUGUAUAAGAUACAAGACUAUACAACGUUGUAUAAGAUACAAGACUAAACAACUUUGUAUGAGAUACAAGACUAUACAACGUUGUAUAAAAUGUAUAAUGUUCAAAAGUCCCUACUUUUACAAUGGGGGUUAUUCUCAACGGUAAAAGUAAGGGUGGUCACAUCAUUUUGUUGAUAACUGUAGGUUAGCAAUACUUAUUGUGACAUGAUCUAUCUACCAGGCUGAUCAACGGGCUGGUUGUGCAUUCCAGAAUCCACUCUCGCCAGAGCAUGGCUUCAAAUAUGGAACACCCUGAUACUUCUUUCCUGUUCAAACAA